AUUGUGUCUGUAAAAAGUUACUAUACAACGUGAUAAGUGCACCGGGAAGUGAGAAACAAUAAAUAGUAAAAUAAUUUCUUCUAUCUUAAUCGGCAUCCAAAUAAAUAAAUAAAGAGUGUCAAAAUAAUUUUUCCCCCAAGAUAAUUUUCUCUACAGUUGUCCUCAGCCUUCGAGAGAGAGAUUAAAAUCCGGUUAUCUCGUUUAACAACAAACACGAUAACAAAUUAGACCUUUCAAAGUAAGUUCCUGUAAAAGAUCAUAGAGUACCUAUCGGUUGUCAGUGCGAGGAAGAAAAAUUUAGUUUGUAAUUAGUCAUCGCGAUAGCGUCCUAAAGAUUUAAGAAAAACAAAAUGGAUAAAAAAGAAAAGGCCCCAUUUGUUAUUGAUUUUAAAAAUGCAAAUUACGGAACUGCUAGCAAUAAUAAUAAUCUCACAGGAAGUAAUAAUGAACGUGGAAGCGCUGCUGGAACCCCAGGAACACCUACAAAAAUAUACUGCUUACAUGGCCAAGAACAUAUUGAAUUACGAGGACAUUGCCAUCGUCAGAGAACGGAAGGCGUCGAUGUGAAAGCACGAAAGAAACUCAUUAUAGCAAGUAUUUUGUGUUUGUUCUUUAUGGUGGCGGAAAUUAUUGGUGGCUACUUAUCGAACAGUUUGGCAAUAGCAACAGAUGCAGCACAUUUACUAACAGAUUUUGCCAGUUUUAUGAUAUCAUUGUUUGCCAUAUGGAUUGCAGGACGACCAUCUACUCAAAGAAUGUCCUUUGGAUGGUAUCGAGCGGAAGUUAUUGGAGCUCUUGCAUCCGUUGUUAUGAUUUGGUUCAUCACUGCCAUAUUGGUAUGGCUUGCCAUACAGCGUGUCAUCAUUGGAGAAUACGAGGUCGAUGCCAAAAUAAUGUUGAUAACUUCAGCACUUGCAAUUUUAGUCAAUCUCAUCAUGGGAUUCCAAUUGCAGCAUUCGCAUUCUCAUGGUGGUGGUGGAGCCAGUCAUGGUCAUGCACAUGGUGACACAACAAAGACAAAGAAAUCCAAAUCAUCAACAAAAAAUUCAACUACUGCCACUCGUCGUCCAAUUGAUACUACCACUCCAGCAGCAGUAGUAGCAGCACCAUGUACAACGCCAUCGGCCAUUUUACAAAAUUCCGAAAAUGGUCUUAUCUUGGCCGAAACAAAUCUGUCUACAAACAAAAAGACUUACUCCUACCAGAAUUGCGAUAGUCAUGCUGCUGAUGGGGGAAUAACAACAGUAACGCACAACAAGGAUAUCGUCUCAUCCACAGCCACAUCCACAUCGUUGGAAAACGAAGUUGAGAAUAUUAAUGUACGCGCCGCAUUCAUUCAUGUCCUGGGCGAUGUCCUGCAGAGUGUCGGUGUAUUCCUCGCCGCAGUGGUGAUUUAUUUCAAGCCCGAAUGGGCUAUUGCGGAUCCAAUUUGUACGUUUGUGUUUUCUGUGAUUGUCCUGUUUACAACGUUUUCCAUUAUGAAGGACGCACUUUUGGUCCUUAUGGAAGGUUCACCCAGCUAUUUGCAUUACGCCGAAGUUAUGGAAAUAUUUUUAAAUAUUCAGGGUGUCGAGCGGGUACACAACUUGAGGAUAUGGGCAUUGAGUAUUAAUAAAAUUGCACUGUCUGCACAUUUGGCUGUUGCACCCGGUGCCAAUCCAAAGAAAAUCCUGCAGGAAGCAACCACUGCAGUGCAUCUUAAGUACAACUUCUUUGAGACAACAAUUCAGAUUGAGGAUUUCACACCAGAAAUGGAGGAUUGCCAACAGUGUACUGUGCCCGCUAGUUAAGAAUGAUUCUUAUUAUUUGAAGUUUUUUUUUUGUGUUUAUUUUUUUUUCUCCUUUUUUGUAUUUUUUUUUUAGUAGAAAAUCAUAAUUAAGGAUCUUAAUUACCAAUUUCUGCUGCUUAUUAAUAUUAUUUAUACAUUGUAUAAAAAUAUACUUUUAUUUUGAUUUUGUAUAUUAAACAAAAUUGAAUUAAAAAGAGAA